AUGCCUUUUGAUCUAUUUGACAAGUACCGAAGGCAGGGUGUGGUGGAAACAGAAUGGGAGGAACCGGCCAGAAAGAGACUUCGAAUGAACCCUUCUGAAGAGGAGGAAAGACAUGCGGCGACAAAGGACAAGAGCAUCACAAUCGCGUCGACUGCUAAACAUGCUGACCAGAACGUCGCCCCGUUUCUGGCCAGGCAUAUCCCUUCCCAAUAUGCGCCUUUGGGGAAGGCUGGCAAACCUGCCGCUCAUCACUUCGACCCCAUGAAAGACCCUAAUUCCAAGUUCUGCUAUCGACAUCGACCUGAUACGCUGUGCCGACGGCAAGCAGACGAGCCGUCGAUGGACAAACUGCAGAAAGAACUGGACACACUGUCGCAGGAAGACCGCCAGGGCAUCGUCCAAAUGUGGUCCUUGUUCUCUGCAGCGCCCUCCAAACACCGAAACCUCAUGCUCCAGGGCAUCCUCGCCCAGUGCUGCUUCCCACAACUCUCUUUCCUCUCGGCCAAUGUCCGAGAACUCAUUCGGAUCGACUUCAUUUCCGCUCUACCGUCUGAGGUAGCCUUUCGCAUCCUUUCUUUCCUCGACACGACGUCUCUUUGCAAGGCUGCACAGGUAUCGAGGAAGUGGAGACAGCUGGCAGACGACGAUGUAGUCUGGCAUCGGAUGUGCGAGCAACACAUUGACCGAAAGUGUACAAAGUGUGGAUGGGGUCUCCCCUUGUUGGAGAGGAAAAUGCUGCGUGCCACCAAAAGGCAGAUUGAGCUACGUGCGGCAAGCAACCUGCCGCUUGACUCUGAACCACCUGCUCUAUCGCAGAGUGUCGACAUGUCCGACACCGAAAGCUACCAUGACUCCUCGUCUGAUGGACGACUCUCGCCUGUGGCGACCCGACGUCCGCCGCUCGGCACGAGUGACAGUGAGUACUUUCGGAGAACCAGACCUUGGAAGGACGUGUACAAGGACCGGUUCAAGGUCGGGACCAACUGGAAGUACGGCCGAUGCAGUAUCAAAAUCCUCAAGGGCCACACGAACGGAGUCAUGGCUCUUCAAUUUUGUGACAACAUUCUUGCGACCGGAUCAUACGACGCAACCAUCAAGAUCUGGGACCUGGACACGGGCAAAGAGUUGAGAACGCUAAGUGGUCAUACCAUGGGCAUCCGAUGUCUGCAGUUUGAUGACAACAAACUCAUCAGUGGCAGUCUCGACAAGACUCUCAAGGUCUGGAACUGGCGGACUGGUGAGUGCAUCUCCACAUACAAUGGCCACACCGAAGGCGUGAUUGCCCUUCAUUUUGACUCGAAUAUUCUGGUAUCUGGCUCCGUCGACAACACGGCCCGUGUGUGGAAUUUUCAAGAUCGGUCAGUCUUCACCCUCCGCGGGCACACCGAUUGGGUCAACUCAGUCAAAGUUGACUCGGCAUCUCGCACGAUCUUUACCGCGUCGGACGACUGCACGGUCAAACUGUGGGACCUGGAUACGAAGAAAUGCAUCCACACUUUCGAAGGCCACGUGGGCCAAGUCCAGCAAGCGCUUCCUCUUCCGGCCGAAUUUGAACCUGGCACCGACGUGCAAGAAGACGACGAGGAACAGUUAUCGGACCCCGGAACCCCCAACAGCUCCGACACGAUCCUCGACGAGAACGGCGGGUUUCCCACCGUCUCUUCCAGAGACAUGGGUAUCAACAGCCUGUUCAGCUCUCAGCCCGAUCGCACCUAUCCGCCCCAUUACAUGCUGACGUCGGCCCUGGAUUCCACAAUCCGUCUUUGGGACGUGCACUCUGGUCGCUGCAUCCGGAAAUUCUUUGGGCAUGUUGAGGGAGUGUGGGCUGUGGCGGCGGAUACGCUGAGGAUUGUGUCCGGUGCUGAAGACAGGAUGGUGAAGGUGUGGGACCCGCGGACUGGGAAGUGUGAGCGGACGUUUACAGGCCACGCAGGGCCCGUGACAUGCAUUGGGUUGAGUGACUCGAGGAUGUGUAGUGGCGGCGAAGAUGGGGAGGUGAGGGUCUACAAUUUCACGGGUUGA